AUGUCUUCAUCUUCAUCUUCAUCUGACGACGACGUCGACACCUCCACGCCUCCUCCUCCUCCCCGAGAUAAACUCAUCAUCGGUAACAUGACCGCCGAAAGACGCCGCCGCCAACGACAAGCUGACGCCGCCGCCUCCGUCGCCGCCGCCUUCGCCUACGAAGCGCAACCGCUGCAGGCAGUCAUGUCCGAUCAAACAAGAGAACAACUUCUCUUUGAAGUCGAGAAUCAAGAACCCAAUAGUUAUUCCGACGACGAGCCCCUCAUGGAACCCGAUCCGGCCCCGGAGGUAGCCAACGGCAAAAGCAUCAAACCAAAGAUUUCUGUCGCAACCAUUCCGGAGUUCAGCGAGGUCGCCGCGGCGACACCCGCGCAUUUACUCGGAGUUCUUGUCCGGCUCGUGGCGCCAUCGAAGUCCGAAUACUCGAAUGAGCUGAAGCGCUUAGCGACCGACGUUGUUGUCGUGCUCGAUAUCGGUUGGUGCGAGGACGAGUCGAUGCUGGAUUUCAUCAAGGGUGCGCUUCUUAUCAUCAUCGACAACAUGAGCUCCCGCGACAGGCUUUCAAUCGUUUCGCCCUGCCCGGAACCUCGAAGACUUACGCAUUUGCGGACGAUGGACGAGUACGGUAAAGAAAGCCUAAGAAAAAUCGUGAGCUCGCUCUUUUUCCUCGCGGAGGUAGGCGACGUCUUGGACAUUCUAGUUAAGGGAGUCCGGGUGAUCGACGAGAGACAUUUCGAGAAUCCGGCCACGAGUAUAAUACUCUUGUCGAACAGGAAAUCCCUUAUCGAGCCGGAGAACCCGAAGAAGAAAGCAAAAGAAACUGCUUCGCGAUUCUACAAAUUGCCGGAAUCGAUCGCUCCGAGGACUCGAGGGAUUAACGAGUUCAAAACGAUUCCCGUUCAUACCUUCGGGAUCGGUCCGUGCCACGACGCGCAAGUAUUGAGUCUUCUAUCUUCGUCUUCGCUCGGAACUUACUCGUUCGUCGAGUCCUACGAGUAUCUUCCCGACGCCGUCGCCAGCUGCAUUGGAGGCAUCCUGAGCGUCGUCGUUAGGGACAUUCAUCUAUCGUUUGCGCUAACGCACGGGAAGAUUAUAUGGACCGAGACGGGGCAGUACUCGCGCGCCAUUUCUGAAAUGGGAAGCUUGUGCGACGUUAUAAUAGGCGCCAUGUACGCUAACGAGGUUAAAGAGUUUCGUUUCGAGAUCUCUUUACCUCGACUCAAACUCAAGGGGCAGAGCAGUGACAAGAUGAGCUCGACUCUGCGCGUAACGCUGUUAUACUGCGAUUGUAUCGGCGAAAGUCACGAAGACAGCAGCACUAAAGAGAUACUCCGGCCGAUAAAUCCAUCCCCCGAAGGCUGUACACCAUCUAAGGCGGUUACGGAGAAUAAAAUUUACCGAUCAGGCGCAUUCGCCAUUUCGAAUGCGAAACGGAAGGCAGAUCUAAACAAGUUCGAUAAAGCUCGGCAGAUUCUGAUAUCGUGUAUGGUGGAUAUGUCUGCUAGUCUCCGAUCAGGCGAUCCUCGGACACUGUGGAUUUACGGCGAGAUUACUGAGAUCGCAAAAUGGUUUGGAAGUCGAGACCUGUAUGAGAAGUUCGGAAAUGCUUACGCUACCUCGUUUCUGUGCUCCAAUGCCUAUCAAAGGGGCACGACGAGAGGCAGAUAUGUUCCGGGAGACGACGAGGGUCUCGAUUUUCAGGCCUACACCACGCCGGAUAUGGUGGAUUUAGUGAACGAGGUAAGGUCGGAGCGACACCGAAACGGUGGGAAACCUGGGAAGAAUUAGAAUAGCUGCUAUCGUUACACGAAUUUUCUACUAUGUGAAAUUACUUGCAAACAUGUGAAAUUCUACUACGAAAAAAUAAAUGAUUCGAAAAACUCGUGUAAUGAUGAAAAUGAGGAUACAUGUAACAAGGGCUCAUAUUCAUAGUACAAUCAA